AUUAGACAGCGUUGCUCGACCCAGUGUCAAGGGGAUUGAAAUCGUCUUUUCUACACAACACUAUUUUGUCAAAUUGACAUUGUUGACAUUUAUGAUAAGACACAGCAGCUGAUUGCAGAAACACAAAAACAGGAGUUUUAUUUGAAUUUCAUGAAAACCCGUGAUAUUUUUGAGAAAUGGGGAUUUUUACAUCCUGUUGUAGGCCUUCUGCUUCCGACGUGCUAACGCCUGAUGCUGAGACCAGACGUCGCCAGCAGGCCGAAGCAGCCGAGCGCAGGCAAGCUGAGUCGGUAGCCCGAGGCGUAAAGGACCCGGCCAAGCUGCAGCGAAUGCAGCAGCGAGCCGAGGAAAUGGAGAAACGGGAGCAGGAGUUGCAAAAGGAGGGCGGGGCUAAUUUGAGGUGGACGUCCAACUGAGAUGAGGCCCGCCCUGGUCCAUCCCAGGCGGUAGAAAGAUAUAAAUACAAGAACUGAUGGCAACACCGGCAACCCACACGCGAGGUGGCAACACUAAUAGAGCUCGAUGAUCACUAACCUCUAUUGCCCUUGUUUUAGAGGUCAGAUCAUCAAAAUUAUGUCUAUGGCCUAAUUUAUUGAAUUCGUUUAAGUUAUUGUCCAUUUUUGUAUAGUUACCAGUAGAUCAAAGGUUUUUAAUCAGUUGAGGCAGUUUUAUAUUUUGUGGUAUUAUCUGAGCUAACUUUAAAAUGUACCUUGCAAAUAUCUAAGUAUUACUCUUAUUUUAGAAGCA